AUGGCUAGCCCUCCUGUGCUAGCUUUCGAUGCUGAGGGCCGCCCAGUGAAGUUCGAAACCUGGCUAGAUGACCUACACCUCUUCCUACAGCUCACUGCCAAGGAGGACAUCUCACUGUACGAUCACGCCCUAGGCCAUGCUCCUGCUCUUGCUGCUACUGCUGACAGCACUGCCCGCUCACAGUGGCAGACUUGUGACGCCCACGCUCGCUUCGCUAUUCGCAACUCCCUGCCGAUAGAUGAGCGCGAGCACUUUGGGCAGCACAAGACUGCACAGGCACUGUACACUGCUGUCGUUGCCCGCUACUCCUCACCGGCCUCUGCCGCACUAGGCCUCACCCGCCUCCUUGACACUCUGCGCUCAGUCAGGGACCACUUCCUAGCUCGCUGCCCCACUGAGCUCACCAUUGCCCUCCUCGAGAAGGAACUCGUUGCAGCUGAGGCUAGCAUAGUCGCUGUAGGUGCCUCUCGUGGCGACCUCCGUACCCCGUUCUUUGAGGGGUGCUCUCCUUCCCCCCUUCUUCCCUCUGUCGCCUCUGCUGCUGCUGUCGACCUCCUUGGUGUUGAGAAGGUCGGGACUGCGUCUGCUUCGAGCGGGCGCCGCAGCGGCAAGGGCAAAGGGGGCAAGGGCGGUGGCGGUGACAGCGAGGGAGGCAGUGGUGGGGGCGGUGGUGGCGGUGGGGGUGGUGGCGCGACUGGAGGGGCUAGUGGCAGCGGUGGGGGUGGUGGCGGCAGCGGCGGGGGAGGUGGCAAAGGCGGAGGCGGUGGUGGGGGUGGCGGUGGACGCGGCGGCGGCAGGGGUUGGGGUGGUCGAGGAGGUGGCGGCGGCGGUGGUGGUCGUGGAGGCGCUGGCGGUGGCCAGGGCCAGCAGCACACUCCGUCGCCCCAGGAGGUGCUGGUGAGGCAGCUGCUCUAG